AUGGCGCGGCGGGAAACGUUGAAGGGAGACCGGCUUCUGGCUGAAUGGGACGUCAGCGCAGUGCCAGUCUCUGUGCCAGAAAUAUCGCCUCCUCGGUCGCUGUCAAUGGACAGGUCGGCAACACCACAAGGUGAUGAGGCAGCUGUGCUUGAUGCGUACUCGGCAGAGACGAGGGAGCCAGUCUGCAGGCGCGCAGGCAGGCUUGAUGCUGGGUACGAGUCGCCUCGAAGGUAUGUAGGGGUCGACAGGCCGUCGGUGGAGUGGGCGGCAGAGAAGGAGAAGGCUGGAUCGUCGUUUGGCUCGCACGACGGCAGGACGGUGUCGGGAGAAGAUGGAUUAGAUGUGUCGUCGGUGCGCGUCUGA